AUGACUUAUUCGACUGAGACACUGGGCUUCAAGAUGCUUUACAAGUUUCUACUAAUGGUAGUUGCAGUGGGAUUGGUGAUGGUCGAGAAGGAUCGGGGGGUCGCCGGACGAACAAUUGCGGCGAGAGCAGCCGGCUCGGAGUCUCAGAGUCCUGAAGGUGGGAAGAUUACCGAUGAAGACCACUUGCUUUUAGGCCGGAGGACCCACCAAGCCAUCGACAGAAGAGCGAUUCUGCCGCCCGGCUUGCAGCCUCUUUACUUCAUCAGUGCCACCAACACGGUCUAUGGUGGUUAUUCCGCCAGGCCAUUGCAAGUGGCCGAUCAAAGGAGCUCUGCCGGUCUCAAGAUCAGCUUUGGAUCCAUCGAAUUCUACACUAAAGAUCUCAACAGCUAUCUCCAAAACAGAUUAUCCGCCGACAACUACGGUAUCUGGGGCUUUGCGGCUUCAUUCAACACUGCAACACGGAAGUCGGAUUACUCGUUCUUCAAGUCCAUCUCCGACGACCGCAGCUCAUUAUCGGCCAAGGGAUUGGCCCCCAACUCUCAUAAAUCGCGCUCGCUCCAGCUGACUCACUUCAGCAAAAAGCGUCAGGACGAUCAAGUCCAAUGUCGAAAUCAGAAGGGUGACUCGUUCUUGUUCUCAAAGAGUGCCUGCUCAUUAGCUGCAGCCAAGAUGGUAUCUGAGAAAACGGCCAUGUCGUCUUGUGGAAAUUGUCAAUUGGUCAUGAUCGGCCCCGCAGGACAACUCUCAAGCUCUAACAUGCCUGCGAGUGAUCUUCAGACACACGCCGCAAAUAUUUUGAUUGGAUGCGGCAUGAGUCAACGAACCGACUCUUUAAACAUCGCCGCUUCUUCGUUCUCUCACUCGAUCCCUGAUAACGCUAAGCCAAAUUACGUCUUGUUACUCGCCAAAGGUUGA